UUCCCUUUCCUCCACUAAACCAUCACGAUUUAACAGAGAGUUUUAGCAGAAAGAAUGGCAGAUGCUCUAUCAGAGAUCUUUGAAGAACCAGAAAGUCUCUUCAGCAUGUUGGAAACCCUAGAAGAUGUUCAUGGAGAUGCGCUCUCUUUCUCCAUGUUUGAAGAAGAGGUGUUGAAUGCUAAAGGGAAGGAGGAGGGAGUCGUAGGAAUGGCUUCUCAUGGUUCAAAUUUUUCGAACGUUAGAAAGAAGCAGGAGAAUGAUGAUGAGGAGGAGGAUGAAGAAGGUGGUGGUGGGAAGAGAAAGAAGAUGAAGCUGAGCGAACAAGCAUGGACUUUGACUGAAGGUCAGGAAGGACAGCCGAAGAUAUCUCAUAUUACAGUGGAGAGGAAUAGGAGGAAACAGAUGAAUGAGCAUUUGGUGGUGCUCAGGACUCUAAUGCCUUGUUUCUACGUUAAAAGAGGAGAUCAAGCAUCCAUCAUAGGAGGUGUGGUUGAUUACAUAAAAGAGCUCCAACAGCUUCUUCACACACUUGAAGCCAAAAAACAAAGAAAAAUUUACAGUGAGGUGCUCAGUCCUCGCCCACUUUCCAGUCCUCGGCAUCUCUCUAGCCCCCGGCCACCACCAAGUCCUCGCAGGCCAUCUCCUCUCUGCAGCCCUAGAGUUGCUAUAAGCCCUAGGACUCCACAACAAGGGAGUCCCUACAAGCCAAACAGGACACAGCAAGGCCAUCUGGUUUUAUCUCCAUCAAUGGCUUCCUCACAUGAAUCUUCACCUUCAUUGGAGGCUUAUAGUACUGCAGAACUCGUGGCUAAUUAUAGGAGUAGUCAGCAGGUGGCUGAUGUGGAGGUGAAGUUUUCAGGGCCUAAUGUGCUAUUGAAGACAGUGUCACAUCGCAUUCCUGGUCAAGCUUUGAAGAUAAUUGCAGUCCUUGAAGGACUUGCUCUUGAGAUCCUGCAUUUGAGCAUUAGCACAACGGAGGAUACCAUGCUGUUUUCUUUCACCAUCAAGAUUGGGAUAGAGUGCGAGCUGAGUGCUGAAGAGUUGGCAAAUGAAAUUCAACAGACGUUCUCUUGAGCUAAUUGAGGAUUAUCAAACCUAACACUGAUUCCGUUCAGAUCUUUCAAAUCGGUUCAAUUGGCUCUCGCUCUCUCUCAAAUUGCAGAGGAUGAGGUCUUAAUUGUUGGAGUGAGAAAAUGGGAGGCACCAAAA